UCUAGCUCCUGGACUCAAGCAAUCUAUCUCCCUUAGCCUCUGAAAGUGCUGAUAUUAUAGGUGUGAGCCAUUGUGUCUGGCCAAAAGCCACUUUUCUAGUAGCAGCACUAACUGAAACUCAGUUAAAACUCAGGUGGGCCUAAAACCCUCUGAGAAAGCAGAUUGAGGCUCAGGCUGAUUUAUCAUGUAGCUGAUAAGUGGGGAGGCAAAAUUAAAUUCAGUGGGCCACAUUAUUCUAUCUCUAAAAAAUACCACCCACAUAAGUAUUCGAUCACAAGGGGUUCCUCCUCCCCCUACAAUAGAAUGGAAUGAGAAAUGUGUUUGUUGAUAGGUAGCUUUAAACCCAGCUAAAAUCUUAACCCGUAAAAAGCCCUUGACUUCCUCCUUUCUUACCAUGCCCUAAGAAUGUGACCUCUGAUGGUAAGAUCAGUAACCCGAAGAACUGAACUGAUACUUUGGGCCCAUUUUUAAAUUUAAUUACAAUUUUUAUCGAAUACUUUAUUAUUUUUUUUCUUUCCUGGCCAAAUUUAUUUCAGGAAUGUGCUUGUCUGAGACUUCUGAUGGCUGAGGUUUCUUAGGUACAUCUUGGGACUUGAAUGCAGAAUUUGAUGCAAUCUGGAUAGAUUAGGAAAUAUCUUCUCUAAGGUACUUAUUAGGUCUGGUUGACUUUGUAGAGCUGAUCCAAGAGCAGGCAAAUUGCUUCCAACAGACACAGUCCAGAAAAACAGCUCUGUAGCAAGCAUCUCUUGACACCACAGUAUAUUCUGGGUAGCUGCUCUGCAGUAAUGCAGCCCCGUCGUUCUGGGCAGUGUUGUUAUUCCUGCUGCAUAAUUAGCAACUGGUGAGAUCAUAGUCUGGGUAGGUUCUGGCAUUACUGAGGCAGGGGAGGGUUCGUAUCUCAUCACACAUGGCUCCAGCUCUGACAGCAUUUGUGCUGAGCAGAUUUGUGUCCUUCUGGAACUUAAAUCCAAGGAUGAAAUAAAAAGAUUUGUACCUAGGAAAUGGACUAUCUCAGACUCCUUGGUUGUAUGAAGACGUGUUGAAAACAACACUGCUUGCCACACUGAUAUAACCAGAAUAAAUGGUUACUCCUCUUGCUAUUUGUUUUCCCCUUGCUGAUUUCUUUAUAGAGGGCAAAGAUUGUAAAGCUACAAUGUCCUUGCACAGAGGAUGGUAACAGACCAGAUGACCCCUAUUUUAUGGAGAAGUAUGAGGCUGGGAAAGAUUCUGGGUUUUGGAGCCAUGCAGAUUCUAAUCUUGGGUCCAUUACUUGGUACCAAAUUUGACCUUUAUAGAAGCCUGGUGAGAUACUUUACACUUGUGAAGAUCUGGGUAAAGGGUUUUCCUGACUGCUAAUGUCCUUCAAAAUUGAGAGCAUAGAGCAGUAUUUCCCACAGUGUACUCUAAGCAUUAUAUGCACCCUAAAGUAACUUGGAAACAGUGGGUUCCACAAUCAGGUUUGUAGAAACACUGCAUUCUGUGUUCUCAGGCUUCACCAUCCUUAUUAGUAUAUGUAAAGCCUCUAAGAGGUUCCACUAUAGGCAAUUUUCUAAACCCUUUUGACAUAGCAGUCCUAUUUCCAUGUAAAAGCUAUUAAUAUCGGUAAGAUAUGCACUUUGGGAAAUGCCAGGCCUUAUUAUCACUAGGAAAAAUAAGCCGGUCUAGCCGGGUGCAGUGGUGCAUGCCUGUAGUCCCAGCUACUCUGGACGCUGAGGCAGGAGGAUUGCUUGAGCCCAGGUGUUCAAGACCAGCCUGGGCAACACAGUGAGACCCUGUCUCUAAAACAAAUAAAUAACUGGGUCUAGUCUUGGUUUAGGCAAAGCCUAAUUCUGCUUUUCUUUUUUUCCUUUUUUUUGCUAAUCAAACAAGCAGCAGUGAUAAUUGUGCUUUUGAUCUUAAGUUCUUCUCACUGGUCCCUUGGAGAGCUUUCUUGUGAUCAGAAGAGCAGCUACUAUGAUUCCUGGGCUAAUGAAGCCUAGACCCCAGCUGGAUUGGAAGCAGAGGCCUUCCCUCCACUGGGAAAGAAUCCUAAUGUACCUGGCUAGCUGGUGGUGAACAGGGGCUUUGGGGCCAACUUGGUGGGCUCCCCAAGGAAACCCCUUUGAAACCAAUGGAUGCAUUCACGGGCUCGGGUCUCAAGAGGAAGUUUGAUGAUGUGGAUGUGGGCUCAUCAGUUUCCAACUCAGAUGAUGAGAUCUCUAGCAGUGACAGUGCUGACAGCUGCGACAGCCUCAAUCCUCCUACCACUGCCAGCUUCACACCCACAUCCAUCUUGAAGCGGCAGAAGCAGCUGCGGAGGAAGAAUGUACGCUUUGACCAGGUGACUGUAUACUACUUUGCCCGGCGCCAGGGUUUCACCAGCGUGCCCAGCCAGGGUGGUAGCUCUUUGGGCAUGGCUCAGCGCCAUAACUCUGUACGGAGCUACACACUCUGUGAGUUUGCCCAAGAACAGGAGGUAAACCAUCGAGAGAUUCUGCGUGAGCACCUGAAGGAAGAGAAACUCCACGCCAAGAAAAUGAAGCUGACCAAGAAUGGGACGGUGGAGUCGGUGGAGGCCGAUGGUCUGACACUGGAUGAUGUAUCAGAUGAAGAUAUUGAUGUGGAAAAUGUGGAGGUGGAUGAUUACUUCUUCCUGCAGCCUUUGCCCACCAAACGGCGACGGGCUCUGCUGAGGGCUUCUGGGGUCCACCGCAUUGAUGCUGAAGAGAAGCAAGAACUUCGAGCCAUCCGCCUGUCUCGGGAAGAAUGUGGUUGUGACUGCCGACUGUAUUGUGACCCAGAAGCGUGUGCCUGCAGCCAGGCUGGGAUUAAAUGCCAGGUGGAUCGCAUGUCCUUUCCGUGUGGCUGCUCCCGGGAUGGCUGUGGGAACAUGGCUGGGCGCAUUGAAUUUAAUCCAAUCCGGGUCCGGACUCAUUAUCUCCACACCAUUAUGAAGCUGGAGCUGGAGAGCAAGCGACAGGUGAGCCGCCCAGCAGCCCCAGAUGAGGAGCCCUCCCCCACUGCCAGUUGCAGCCUGACUGGAGCACAGGGCUCUGAGACCCAGGACUUCCAGGAGUUCAUUGCUGAGAAUGAGACAGCAGUGAUGCACCUGCAGAGUGCAGAGGAACUGGAGCGGCUCAAGGCAGAAGAAGAUUCCAGCGGCUCUAGUGCCAGUCUGGACUCGAGCAUCGAGAGCCUGGGUGUGUGCAUCUUGGAGGAGCCCCUGGCUGUCCCCGAAGAGCUGUGCCCAGGCCUUACAGCCCCCAUUCUCAUCCAGGCUCAGCUGCCCCCAGGCUCCUCUGUCCUAUGCUUUACCGAGAACUCAGACCACCCAACUGCCUCAACGGUGAAUAGCCCAUCCUACUUGAACAGUGGGCCCCUGGUCUAUUAUCAAGUGGAGCAGAGGCCAGUCUUGGGAGUGAAAGGAGAGCCUGGUACAGAAGAAGGCUCAGGCUCCUUCCCAAAGGAGAAGGAUCUGAAUGUCUUCUCUCUCCCUGUUACCUCACUGGUGGCUUGUAGCUCCACAGACCCAGCUGCCCUCUGUAAAUCAGAGGUGGGGAAAACACCCACCCUAGAAGCGCUAUUGCCCGAAGAUUGUAACCCUGAGGAUCCUGAAAAUGAAGACUUCCGCCCUUCCUGGUCUCCCGCAAACCUCCCCUUCCGCACAGACAAUGAAGAGGGCUGUGGGGUGGCGAAGACCUCUCAGCAGAAUGAGGAUCGGCCCCCUGAAGAGUCUUCCUUAGAACUCCCUCUGGCAGUGUGACAGGUCCUGGAGGUCCUGCCUCUUACCCAUUCUCUAUUUAUUCCCUUAUUUUAUCUAACGCCAUUUCAAAACAAAACUGUAGAAGCAGCUGCUGCUCCCAUGUUGUUAUUGGGGUCUUUGGGGAAUGGGUGGGAAAGGAUUGUUUGAGUAUUUUUUAAAAGGGAAACAGUUCCAAGGAGACCAGCCCCAGCUUGACCUGGGGAUAGUCUUGGGCAGAGAAGGCUGCAUAGUGCUGAACACUGAGCUUUCUGGGCCACUGGAAGAAAGAACUAGGAUCUCACAGAAGAAGCUGGGUAACUCAAGCAGCUCUUCUUUCUAUAGGGACCAGAACACGAGAUUUGAAGAGCAUGGCAAAGCCCCUUCUCUCCCAAGCCCCAGCAGAGUACAAGCUCGUUUUUCUCAGUGGUUAUUCCGAUAUCCCAUUUUGGUAUGUCAUAAUACUUCAACUGGAAAGUCACCUGGUCAAGUCUAGGGAGGAGGGAGUGGAAGGGUCUCUGCUUCUGUACAAAAUCUCCAGGAUUUACAAAAAUUUAACCUGGUGUCCUUCAAUCCCCUAUUUGGUGAAUAAGUUAAUAUUUGACAUGUUUGGUGUUCUCUGACCUGUUCCCCACACUGGGGAUUCCAGGUCUGUAACUUGAAUUGCUUCUUCCACAUGUUCUUUAGUACUAGAGUUCAACUUG